CACUGAAGAAAUUAAUGACGUAUUCAAACAUUAAAGAAAUGCAUUUAAGAAAGCUAGGCCUGAUUAAAUAGUAGCAAACACUUGAAGAUAGCAGAAAGGGGGUUGGGUUUGGUGUUUGGAGGGAAGCUCAUUGAUUGGCUCGAUGAUGUGCUCAGACUCCAGCCAAUAGGAGAUUAGUGAGAUUUCUUUUAAAAGGUAGAACAGAGUCGAAAGUGUUACUUUCUUAUUUUGACGAACAACUGUAAGCUACAAUGAGCGGAAGAGGUAAAACCGGUGGAAAGGCUCGUGCCAAGGCCAAGACUCGCUCUUCCAGGGCCGGACUGCAGUUCCCCGUCGGCCGUGUUCACAGGCUUCUCCGCAAAGGCAACUAUGCCCAGCGCGUCGGUGCCGGAGCUCCGGUGUAUUUGGCCGCUGUGCUCGAGUAUCUGACCGCUGAGAUCCUGGAGUUGGCUGGAAACGCCGCUCGGGACAACAAGAAGACCCGCAUCAUCCCUCGACACCUGCAGCUGGCGGUGCGCAAUGACGAGGAGCUGAACAAGCUUCUGGGUGGCGUGACCAUCGCUCAGGGUGGUGUGUUGCCGAACAUCCAGGCCGUGCUGCUGCCCAAGAAGACCGAGAAGCCCGCGAAGGGAAAGUAAACUGACGGAAACUUCUCAUCAAACCAAAGGCUCUUUUAAGAGCCACCCAAUUUCUCCAAGAGAGAGUGAUUUCAUUUGUCCCACUAUUGUUUUUUAAUAAACGGGUUCAAUUGACUAAAAUAAACAAAAGAAUAUGGUAGAGGAGUUGCCAUUUGUAGGAUUUUCACAGUACUAUAAAUGUUGACCCCAUACAUACAUACAUAAACUGUGCGAAAUUAGUUUUGUUUUCUUUUUCUAUUUUUAAUUUUUUUAAAAGUAGAAAUGCAUUCAAAGAUCAUUUUAAUGAGUUACAUGUUAUGUGAAUUCAGGACAC